UGAACUAAUAAUGGACUCCAUUCACAAAACCCGGAAUCUGCAAUACAAGAAGACCAUAGAAGCCAAGAGGCUCUACGAACAGCGGUGCAGGGACAAAGACGAAGCAGAGCAAGCCGUUCAUCGGAGCAGCAACCUGGUCACACCGAAGCAGCAGGAGAAGCUGUUCGUGAAACUCGCUCAGGCCAAAUCUGCCUUGGAGGACUCAGACAGGAUGUACCAGAACAACAUCAACGCUCUGGAGAAGAUCAGGGAAGAAUGGCAGAAUGAACACAUCAAGGCUUGUGAGUUCUUCGAGAGUCAAGAAUGCGAGCGGAUCAACUAUUUUCGGAACGCUAUGUGGUUGCAUGUCAACCAGCUGUCGGAAGGUUGUGUCAAGAAUGAUGAUAACUACGAAGAGAUCCGCAAAGCCCUCGAGCAGUGCAGCAUCGGGAACGACAUCGAGUGUUUUGUACAUAUUCGCAAGACCGGCAACCUCCCUCCAGUUCCUAUAGUCUAUGAAAAUUAUUAUAGCACAGAGAAGAAAACCGGGCCUAGAAGAAGCCAAGUUCCAGCGCCCGGCACGAGACCCCAGAUGCCCAUCCCUUCCAGCGAACCAGGUGAUGCUAACUAUGCUUCUGUGGAUGGCUAUAGCUUAAUUCAUCCCCACUAGCCCAGAGAUGGUAAGUUUGGCCAUUUAGAA